GCAUAAAAACUACCAAGAGUGCAGUGUGGGUAAAUAAUUAAGUGCAAGAUCAUUACAAAGUACAUUGUGAGGUGAAGAGUCCAUUUUAUCAUACAAGAGGUCCCUUCAAGUCUAUGAUAACUGUGGGAUAGAUGUCCUUGAGCUGCUUAUAGAUGUCUUCAGGCUUUUGUAUGUUCUGCCUGAUGAGGCAGGGAAGAAAAGAGAAUGCCCAGAGUGGGUGGAGUCUUUGACUAUGCUGGCUGCUAUACAGAGGGAUUGAGAAAAAUAGACAGAGUCAAUCGAAGGGAGGCUGGAUCCUAUGAUAUGCUGAGCUGUGUCAGCAAUUCUGCGGGUUCUAAUGGUCACAGGCAGAACAGCUGCUGUACGAAGCAGUUAUGCAUCCCGACAAUGCUCUUUUACAACCCUGGCUGUGAAAGGAGGGCUGGGCAUGGAACUGCAACCCCAUCCCUUAAAAACCCAGAACUACGCACAAACCAACAGAACUGUCUACGACCUGUGCCCCAGGAGUGAUGGGCUAACUAUGAUAUACACAGGGAUAGUGAAACGAAGGGCCUUUCCUGAGCAGUAGAGUUAGAAAUGGGGCUUCCUUAUUCUCUCCAAGCUAUAAGCAUAUCACACCCUUGUCCUGUUUUUAAACGAAGUUACCAAUAACAAGUGAAAUUUUAAGCUUUUUAAGAAUGUUCUUUCUCAGUUGCUAAGUAUCUCUACAGUACAUCUAAAUCAUGCUUUCUCCUCCCCGAACCAAAUCAUUUAGAUAAAGUAUUUGUAACAGCGCGGGUCAAUUGCCGAAAUUAGAGGAGAUGCGAAUACUAGCAGCAUCCCACCACCGCACGAUAUUAAUCCUUUAAAACCCGAAGCGCCAGCAUGACGAGCGCGGUGCGCAUGCGCCCGCCGCAGUUUCGUGGAACGAGCUCAGAUGCUUGCGGCUUGAGUUGUUUCCGUAGUAACCGCCGGCAUUCGCUUUGAGUCUCUGACCUUCGUACAACACCAAUAACUGUCCCAACAGCAACACGGCUUCCGGAACAAUGUUACAGAGGGCGAAUUGGCCAGGAAAAUAUCUUCACCGAGCAUCACCCGUCGACACCCCCCCCCCGUCACUUUUUUGACGAAAGUGCUGAAUGAUGGUUGUGUAACUAUUCAAUCCCACCCCCAGGAACACACGGCAACGCAGUAAGAGGUGUAUUAGCGCAGUACCGCAACAGGAGGCGAGAGACCGUGAACCCCGACGAUCGUUGCCUAGGCGACACAUGGCCGGGGCCCACACCGCUCGAGUGCGCGCGCUCUACAAGCGGCUGCUGCGCCUCCACGGCCGGUUACCUAGCGACCUGCGUCUCCUGGGCGACCAAUAUGUCAAGGACGAGUUCAGGAAGAACAAAGUAGCCGGUGCGUCGGAAGCGACGAGAUUCCUGGAGGAAUGGCAGGCAUAUGCAGAUAUACUGCAGACACAGGUUAUGGAGAGUGCGAAGCAUUCAAAGGAGAAGAUUCAAUAUGGAGCCAAUCUGACGCCAAAUAAAUUGCAAAGCUUUAAUGAAGAACAAAUUGGACAACUAUAUGAACUGAUGCAGGAAGCCACAAAACCUAAUUAAGACUUCAAUAUUGAAAAUGACCCCCAUCACAAAGAGUAAUUUAGCAAGUACCACAACAGGAAGAACACAAAAUACUAGAGAAUUGAAUCUUUCAUUUUCUUUCUGUUGUUAGAAAUAAUUUUCUUUAAGUAUCUUUUUCUAUAUGUAGCAGUGUUUAAUAAAGAGACCAUUUUAGCCCAAAAAACAUAACAUCAUAGUACUUAGGAACAGUAUGUAUUUCAGCAUAUUACUCGAAGAUAAACAGGUUUCCAAUAAUAAAAUCCUAAACAUUCAAACAAUUCUGUAUAACUGGCAAAACCAUUAGUUCAAUAUUGUAUAAAGAAACCUUUCAAUAUAUAGUAGAGAAAUGUUUUUUUUUGUGACAUUUGAUGUACUUUUGCAAUUUGUAAUCUUGAAAGUUUAUAAUAAAUUUCAUUAUAUUAUCUGUA